UUUCUUUUUGGCAAAAGAACCACUUUUCAAGAACAGCGAUCACUUGGAAGGCCUUUUUGCCGUAGUUUUGAAAGGCUUUGCUUCGGGCUCUUCAUGAAAGUAUGACCGUCUGCUAUACAGUACACAUAUUUGUGGCAUUUUGUAUUGUUUUCGGUGCAGCACCAGUCAUUCCACAGCCACUGGGCAGGAAUGGCCUGUUUUUUGUGUCAUUUGGGCGCGAUUUUAGUAGGAGUCUAUAUUAUUUGAAAGCGAUAGACUCCCGAGUUAUAAGUUCCUGAGGUAAAUAAAAAACUUGGAGAGUAGAAAAGAGCUGGGACUCACAGCAGGGAGAAUUGG